AUGCUUAUUAUUAUGGAGUGUAGAAACGACUGGACAGAUAGGCCGGUGCGAUGGUUGGGCACAAGUAGUCUGGAGUGGUUAAGUGGACUCAACCUAACGGUUUUGGUGAACAGCACUCGACCUACGGAACUCAUAUUAACCCAACUGACAGUGGAUGUCGACUGCGGUUACCCUGAUAUACCUCUUAAUGGCAAUUAUAGCCGGCAAUGGAUGAACGCUAUCUACGACUGUAAUACCGGUGCUCUGAUAGGCGAUAGAAACGUCUCGUGUCUAUACAAUGGCCAGUGGGCUAAACCUCAAUCAGUGCCCAAAUGUUGUUUGGGGGACGAGUGCACGGUCCAGGUACUGAUUUGCUAA